GGGAAUUCCAAGAGCUGCAGCUAAAAUUCUUUUAGCAAAGUGCAUGUCAAUUUCACCAUAGUGGUUUUCACAGAUAAAAAUAAGUUUUAAGAAAGAGAAUGGCUGAAUAUAACUACAGGAGGUUUGAAAAACUGGAUCACACAGCAGAUGUGCACACAGGAUUCGAGAAUCAGGAAGCAAAGAUGAAUACGGGGAUGUCAGGAAAGUUGAAAACAUCAAAUGAGAAGUGUGAAGUCAAAGGGUUCGAAGUGAAGAACCACUGCUUCUUCAGCGCAGUCGGCUGCAGGUUCAAGGGAGGAAGAUCAAAGAUUCAGGAACAUGAAGCUGGAUCUGUGAGACAACACCUUAACCUUCUAAUGAAUCAACUUGCAAAGCUCAACCAGACAGCAGCCCUUGCAAACUUGCCACCAGAAAUGUCAAGAACUUUAAUGCUGCUGGAAGGAGAAAUCGAUAAAGUACAACUGAGGGUCAAAUCUCUCCAGAACGAUCACCAAAUAAAGGAAAUCUGCAAAGAACUGCAAGAAUUCUGCAAGCGCCUGGAAGCAACAGAACAGUGUGCAACAAUUGUUGAGACCAAGUUCGCUGCCUUUGAAGAGAAAGUGACAUCUGUGCCAAAGAAGAUUAACAAAUUCUCAAGGACUGUAGCUACUUUGAGUAGACAGACAGAGAGCAAUGAGCAAGUAUUUACUAAUGUAGAAAAUAAGGUGGCAAUCCUCGAGUCGAGACUGGAUCAAACAGAGCAGGCGAUACAAGGCUGUACUGCAAAAAUCAUGGCACUGGAAACCAUGACACACUGCGGCCUGUUCAUCUGGAAAAUCCCACAAAUCACAAGAAGGCUGCAAGAAGCCAUUGAUGGAAUAAGGCCUUACUUGGAUUCCAGUGAAUUUUACUUCUCCACAUAUAGUUAUAAGAUGUGUCUACGAAUCUACCUGAAUGGCCAUGAAGACACGAAGGGAACGCACAUUUCACUUUAUUAUAUUUUACUCAAAGGACAAUAUGACGCCUUGACUCAGUGGCCUUUUAAAGAAAAUGUGAAACUUGCUAUACUAAAUCCAAGGGAUCGACACCAGUCCAUUCUGAAGAUGUGCACUCCAAGUAGCCAGGAUCCAGCUUUACAAAGGCCUGUGGAAAGAAUGAACGCACCGCGCGGUUUCUCCAUGUUUGUGACAGUGUCUGAAUUCAAUCAGUUCAUCUCCGAGUGUGUGGACAAUGAUGAAAUGUUUGUAGGUGCAGAGAUUGUCCCUGCAGGCAGACCACAGGAAUCUAUACAGUAGAUGAGCUAAAUGCUAGGGAGAUAGUUACUAUUUGGCAUUGUGUAAUUUAUACCAUAGGUAGCAUGUGACAUAAACUCAGUAGCCACUUUACUAGGUACACCUGGCCAUCAAUGCAAAUAUCUAAUUAGCCAAUCAGGUGGCAGCAAUUCAAUGUGUAAAAACAUGCAGACAUGGUUAGGAGGUUCAGUUAUUGUUCAGACCAAACACCAGAAUGGAGAAGAAAUGUAAAUUAAGUGACUUUGACCGUGGAAUGAUUGUUGGUGUUAGACAGGGUGGUUUGAGUAUCUCAAAGCUGCUGACUUCCUGGGAUUUUCUCACACAACACUCUAUAGUUUACAGAGAAAAUGUCUUGUUAAUGAGAGAGUCAGAGGAGAAUGGCUAGACUAGUUGAAGCUGGUAGGGAGGCAGCAGUAACUCAAAUAACCCAGCAUUACAACAGUGGUGUGCAGAAGAGCAGCUCUGAAUGCAGAACCUGUUGAACCUUGAAAGCAGCAACAGAAGACCAUGAACGUACACUCAGAGGCCACUUUAUUAGGUACAGAUGGUACCCAAUAAAGUGGCCUCUGAGCGUAUAAAUUAUAGACCUUCAUUGUUCUUUCUUCUGCACUGUUGGAUAACAGUGAAUUAGUAUUCAGAACUUACAUCACAGGAAAUGAAAUAACUAGACUACAACAGUUUAUACUCUAGCAGGACCUUCCCUAACCUUUCUGAUGUCAGGGACCAUUUCACUGAGUCCUUGAAUGUGACCUAUACCAAUUUCCUCUAUAAUUCCUGCCAAUGACUAUUUCAUUCCAGACAACUUCAAGAGACUAUUGGCGUUUGCACAUGACCAGUCCCAAAUAUGGUCACAUGUGGAAAAGCUGCUGAAAUUCCAAAAUCUGAAGAUCUCUGAAAUCCUAAAUUUUUUGAGCAUUGAUCUGACAUCACAAAUGGAAAGUUCUACAAGGCGCUGAGAAGGCUCCCUGGCUACGCGCAGGUCCCUGCACACUGCAAACAACUCUGAGAAGUGACCUCACAAUAUGUAAUGAAAGAAUUUAAUGAAAAAUAGAAAAAAUACUACAUAAAGCCAAAAAAAGAUCUCAAUCAUGUAUCGAAAGAGUGGAUUCAUCAGCGGCAUAGUGAACACACAGUAUGACGCUUAACAUUUCUCUAAUAAUUAAACAAGCAAAGAUCUAUCAUGACAAUCUGAAAAUUGAAGGUAAUUGUAAGCAUUCAGUAGGCUGGUUGCAAAAAUUUAAGAAUUUAACAUGAGAGGGCACAGUUUUAAGAUGUUUGGAAGUAGGCACACAGGAGACGUCAGGGGUAAGUUUUUUAUGCAGAGAGUGAUGAGUGCGUGGAAUGGGCUGCCGGCGACAAUGGUGGAGAUGGAUACAAUAGGAUCUUUUAAGAGACUCCUGGAUAGGUACAUGGAGCUCAGAAGAAUAGAGGGCUCUGUGUAACCCUAGGUAAUUUCUAAGGUAAGGACAUGUUCGGCACAGCUUUGUGGGCUGAAGGGCCUAUAUAGUGCUGUAGGUUUUCUAUGUUUCUAAAAGGUGCUGUAUUAAAUUUUAAAAGAUUUGUGGUGAUAAGGCAUCUGCUGAUUGCGAAGGAGCAGAGAAAUUCAUUGAUGAGUUUGCCAAGAUCAUUGCUGAUGAAAAUCUAAGACACUGAACGGCUGCAUCAGUACAUAUGUGUAAUGAACAAGUGAAAGACAAAGACUGCUUACCGGUAGCACAUAAAUUCUGAGUUGGAAAUGAUGGCGAUCCCAAGCUAUCUCAUUAUAUAUUUCAAAAUCCAAAAAAUCUGAAAUCUGAAACACUUCAGGCCCCAAGCAUUUUGGAGAAGAGGUACUCAACUUGUAUUACCAAAACUAAAUGAUUAUAUGUCCAUGACCCUACUAAUUUAUGAUACCUAUUUGUCCAAAGAAUUGUUGCUCACUUCAUUCAUGGCAUCCGCAUUACCACUUGAUUUAACAAUUCUAAUGCACUCCAGAUCAGACUCUCCCAUUCAACCUCUUCUGUAAAUUCACUCAAAACCCAUUUCCUGAAAUACCAGAACCAUGAAAGGAACAUUCCAGCCUAAGUAACUUUAAUUAAAGGGAAGUUGCAAUAUUUAGAACGAAUAAUAGGAAGUAAGAAAGAUUCCCAUUCUUUCAACAUUAGAGUUAAUAUUAAAACAAUUGUAGUUUUGAUAAAAUCAGUAUUUUUAACCAGUAAGAUUUCAAUAUGAUUUCACAAGCCACCUUUUUCACUCAGAGGUUGGUGUGAAUAUGGAAUGAGCUGCCAACAGAAGUGAUAGAUACGGGUUCAAUUGUAACAUAUAGAGAAGUUUGGAUAGGUACAGGGAUGAGACACGUUUAGAGGGAUAUGAUCUGGGUGCACGUGGAUGUGACUAGACAAAAGAUUGGUCUGCAUGGACCAUGAUGGGCCAAAUGGCCUGUUUCUGUGAUGAAGUACUCUAUACUCAUUCACAGGAUAUUGCUCAGGCAGGUUAAUUAUAUGUCUGAUAUAAGGCUGUGAAAUUUGUUGGCUUGCAGCAUUAAGAGAUUUCUUUCUCAUUAACCUUGUGACACCAAAGUCAUCCCCUUUUGGAUGUUGUUCUUGAGAAACAAUCUGUAAUGGAAUUUCUGAACAGUUAAGCAGUAUCUGUGGAGAGAAAUUAUAAGACCCAAGCAGAUUAUUUAACAUCUCCCGAAUUUCACCUAUCACUUUCUUUUUCGAUUUAGAUACAUCCCAUUGAGGUAAUUUUAUAUUUUCCCACCAAUCAUGUUUGGCUGAGCACAAAUUUGCAUUGACUAGAAGAUAAAGAACAAAACAGCAUGAUGGUGUCAUUCCUGAUACUCCAUUCUUUAGUCCCUCAUGAGUCUUGAGUCAAUAAAAACUCAGAAGGAGAUUUCAACGUCAGCUGGGAAAAGCAGGGCCAGAAUCACCUUAUGUUACAGAAAUGAAAGAAGUCCUGUAAUAGCCAGAAACCCAUUGAUCUCUGUUUGAAUUCAAUCAAUGAUGAGGUUCCACAGCCCUCCGGGGUGAGAAUUCCAAAGACUCAUCACACUGAAAUUUCUCCUCACUUCAGUAUUAAAUGGACUAACAAAUAGAACAUGGAUGAGGAAGAAUUUCUUUAACAACAGGAAUUCUG